AUGACAAUUAUUGUGGCUUCUUUAUUUUUGCCAUAUCAGCCGGAAUUCAAAUUAAAUGAAUCCGAAUAUGAGACUGCUGAAUUGGUAGAAUCUAAUUUAGUUAAGCUUAACCCUGGUGCAAUAGAUAAUAUCAAGGGAAAAAGGUCUGCCUCAGUGCAUUCUCCUACACCUUUCAUUAACAGAAGCAAUAGGUCCAGUUCUGUCCAUUCUACUAAACCUUUCAUUACAAACCAGCAUAACGAUAACUCUUUAGCACCAGACAAUAACAAACCAAAUACUUCUCGCGAGACUUCUGCUGUUAUCGAAAAUAAUGAAAUAGAUGUCACUUCAGAGCAAUUUUUAGAAAAUUUAACUACUAAUUUCAAUAGGUCUUCUGUUUCUGGUGCGACUAACCGUGUCAGUUCCCCAAUUCUAGGUAAAUCUCCCCCGGCCAACACUACAUCUAUCGAGGAUUUCUUCUUAUCUAAAAAUACUAUCAAUCCAAACUCUACUCCAAUUGUUUCUACUGCUACGAGUACCACCGCUACCCCUAGUACUACCACUGCCACUACCACCACCAAUAUGGAUGGAACCUCUGCUACCAGCCCUAGAACUGCUGCUAACAAUUGGUCACACCAUCCUAUAAACGACUCUUUCACUUUACACACUGUGUUCGAUACUGUUACCCAACAAACCUCAAUACCAAUAGGUUCUAAAACUACUGUUGUCAGACCUAAAUCCAGAGCUGUGCCUGAUUUCAAUUCUUCUAUGUACGACAUAGAUAGAAUUAAACAAAAGGAACAACAGUUUCAUAGUGCCCCAGCUAUGAAAAGAGUCCAUGUAGUUCCAGAGAAACCAGCAAUAGACAGCCCUGCUAAUAUUGAAGAAAAACAAGAAGGGGGUCAAAAGGAUGACGAUUAUACCUCUGAUUUAGAGACUGAUGGCAAGGAAAAAUUUGUGGUUCCGAAAUUUGGUGGGUACUCAAAUAAAUCAAAGGCCAAGAGUCUUAGAUUACAUAAUUCUCAAAAAUUGUUUGGUCAAUUGCCUUGGUCUAUUGUUCCCUGUGAGAAAGGUAACGGCGCUUUAAAAAAUGCUGUUAAUAUUGCAUCUAAGGAAAAAACCUUAACUGAUGAUGUCUACUGGGUUGGUACAAUGGGUAUCCCCACCGAUGAACUCCCUAUAGACAUUUCAAAUAAAAUUAUUAAGGCUUUAAAAAACAAUUAUAAUUGCCAUGCAGUAAUUAGCGAUGAUGUUACAUUCAAAGGCGCCUACAAAAAUUUCUGUAAGCAAAUUUUAUGGCCAACUUUACACUAUCAAAUCCCAGAUAAUCCAAACUCUAAAGCAUUUGAAGAUCAUUCAUGGAAUUAUUACUGUGAUCUAAACAAAUUGUUUGCAGAAAAGAUAGCUCAAGUGUAUAAGGAAGGUGAUAUUAUUUGGAUUCACGAUUAUCAUUUGAUGUUGGUCCCAGAAAUGGUUAGAAGUUUAUUGCCUAAUGCAAAGAUUGGCUAUUUCCUUCACGUUUCCUUCCCAAGUAGUGAAGUGUUUAGAUGUUUUGCUCACAGAGAAAAGAUGUUAAAAGGUAUACUUGGUGCUAACUCAGUUGGCUUCCAAACCACUGAAUACGCAAGACAUUUCUUACAAACAACUAAUAGAUUGUUAAUGGCUGAUGUCUCCAAUGAUGAAUUGAAAUAUCAAGGAAAAAUCAUCUCCAUUACAUCUAUACCUGUAGGCAUCGAUGCCUUUGCACUAAAGGACCAUUUAAGAAGAGACCAAGUUAAUCAAUGGCGUCGUUUGAUUAGAGAAAGAUGGAAAGGCAAGAAAUUGAUUGUCUGUAGAGAUCAAUUUGAUAGAAUCCGUGGUUUAAACAAAAAAAUGUUAGCAUAUGAAAGAUUUCUAAGAGAGAAUCCAAAAUACAUUGAUAAAGUUGUUUUGGUACAGAUUUGUCUAGGCAAAUCACAGAAUGAGGACUUCGAACGGCAGUUGAUGUUAACUGUUGAUCGAAUCAAUUCUUUAUCUGCUAAUAUUGGUAUGUCUCCACCAGUAGUCUUUUUACAUCAAGGUUUAGAAUACCCACAAUAUCUAGCCUUAAAUUGCGAAGCAGAUUUAUUUAUGGUCAACACAUUUAGAGAAGGUAUGAAUCUAACAUGUCAUGAAUUCAUUAUUUCAUCUGAAGAGAAAAAUGCCCCGUUGCUAUUAUCUGAAUUCACAGGAAGCGCAUCAGUUUUAGAUGAAGGUUCCAUAUUAAUUAAUCCAUGGGACAUUAGACAUGUAUCUCAAUCAAUUAAGGCUGGGUUGGAAAUGACUUAUGCUGAAAAGAGGAAGCAUUGGAAGAGUUUAGUCAAAAGUGUUAUUAUGCAUGAUUCCGACACUUGGAUUAAAUCUUCUUUACAAGACAUAAAUAAUUCAUGGGAGACUAAUAAAGAAAGAUCCACUAUUUUUAACCUUGGUUAUGAUGCAUUAUACAAAGACUAUGAAGAUUCAAAGAAAAAAUUAUUUAUCUUCAAAAUUACUGAACCACCUACAAGCAGAGUUUUGUCUACAUUAAGCGAAUUAGCAGCCAACAAUAUUGUCUUUGUCAUGAAUUCUCAUUCAAAAGUUACCUUAGAACGUUUAUACGCUCGUGCAUCUAAUGUAGGUCUAAUUGCAGAAAAUGGGGCGUAUGUAAGAUUAGAUGGAUCGUGGUAUAAUAUUGUAGAGCAAGUCGAUUGGAAAGAUGAAGUUAUGAAGAUUUUGGAUGCUAAGAUCGAAAGAUUACCAGGUGCCUAUUAUAAAGUAACAGAUUCUAUGAUCAGAUUCCAUACGGAAAAUGCUGAAGACCAAGAUCGUGUAGCUGGUGUUAUUGGUGAAGCCAUCUCCCAUAUCAAUACAUUAUUUGAUGAAAACAAUAUACAUGCAUAUGUUUAUAAAGAUAUUUUGUUUGUUCAACAAAAUGGCUUAUCAUUAUCUGCAUUCAAAUUCUUGUUGAACUACUUCAACAGUUCGGCUGCACGAGCCAGCGGAGAUUCGCAAUGCCACAUCCAAUUUGCUUGUAUCUCAGGUUCUUCUUCUCCAAUUAUUGAACCAUUGUUCAAAUGUGUUAAAGAAGAAGUUCUUAAUGGCAAUUUAAAAUAUGGCCACACAAUUGUGUAUGGUAACACCACAUCAACCAAUGCCAAGGAACAUGUUGAUGGUCUGAAUGAAUUAUUAACAAUACUUGAAAAAGUGUCUCAGAAGUAA